AUGGCUUUCAACCAGACACCCACGAUUGUCGUGUUGAAAGAGGGGACCGACUCGUCCCAGGGCAAGGGCCAGAUCAUCGCCAACAUCAAUGCCUGCUUGGCGAUUCAAGACACAUUGAAGCCCACGCUUGGGCCGUACGGUUCCGACAUUUUGCUCGUCGCGUCCAACGGCAAAACCACUGUUUCCAAUGACGGCGCCACGAUCUUGAAGCUUUUGGAUAUUGUCCACCCUGCGGCGCAGAUGCUCGUGGAUAUCUCGCGGUCGCAGGAUGCCGAGGUGGGCGACGGCACCACCUCCGUGGCGAUCCUCGCGGGGGAGCUCCUCAAGGAAGCCAAGAGCUUUAUCGAGGACGGAGUUAGCCCCCACUUGAUUGCCAAGGGCUACCGUCUCGCGAGCGAGUUGUGCAUUGAAAAGAUUGAGGAGUUGGCGGUGGACACCAACAAGGGGGACCAAGAGAUGUUGGAGAAAUGCGCCACCACUGCCAUGUCGUCGAAACUAAUCAGCCAGAACUCGGCCUUUUUCACAAAGAUGGCCGUCGAUGCAGUAAGGAGUCUCGACCCGGACGACUUGGACGAGAGCCGCAUCGGGAUCAAGAAGGUGCCCGGGGGCGCCCUUGAAGAGUCGAUGUUUGUCAACGGCGUUGCCUUUAAAAAGACGUUUUCGUAUGCCGGGUUUGAGCAGCAGCCAAAGCAGAUCAAGGACCCAAAGAUACUUGCGUUGAACGUGGAGUUGGAGUUGAAGGCUGAAAGAGACAACGCCGAGGUCAGGGUGCACCGCGUUGGCGACUACCAGGCCAUAGUCGACGCCGAGUGGGAGAUCAUCUUGCGCAAGCUCGACUCUAUUGCCGCCUCGGGCGCCAACAUCGUCUUGUCGAAGCUCCCUAUUGGGGACUUGGCCACGCAAUACUUUGCCGACCGGAACAUUUUCUGCGCCGGUAGGGUCAGCGCCGCGGACAUGGACCGUGUGUUGCAGGCCGUGGGCGGCCAGUUGCAAAGCACGUGCUCGGACAUCCGCCCGCUGGAGCUCGGCACCUGCGCCCUUUUCGAAGAGGUCCAGAUCGGCAGCGAGCGGUACAAUUUGUUCACGGACUGCCCCCGGGCCCGGACGUGCACUUUGAUCUUGCGUGGCGGCGCCGAGCAGGUGAUUGCCGAGGUGGAGCGCUCGCUCCACGACGCGAUCAUGAUUGUCAAGCGCGCGGUGGCGCACCACGAGGUUGUCGCCGGCGGGGGCGCGAUCGAGAUGGAGCUCUCAAAGUAUCUCAGAGAGUAUGCAAAGACCAUCGCCGGGAAGCAGCAGUUGAUCAUCGCCGCGUUUGCCAAGGCACUCGAGGUGAUCCCCAGACAGCUCUGCGAAAACGCCGGGUUGGACGCGAUCGAGUUGUUGAACAAGUUGCGCAGCGCCCACGCCAAGGGCGAGACCUGGUACGGGGUGGACUUCCAGCUGGAGAAUGUGGGCGACAACAUGAAGAGCUUUGUCUGGGAGCCGGCACUAGUCAAGAUCAACGCCAUUGCCUCUGCCACCGAGGCCGCCACGUUGUUGCUAUCGGUGGAUGAAACUAUCAAGAGUGAGAGCCAGGGUAGAGGCCAGGGCGCAAACUAG